AUCCAACUCUAGUGACGUAGUCGCCUUGGUGAUAUCUAAAUAUUUCAAGAUGGCAGCCAAGUGUAAAUAAAGGCCAAAACAUUAUCGUUUUAACAAGUUUUGUCCUUAGAAGUGCGACAUAUCUUAUAAUUUAUUUGUUACAUGGUACCAUAAAAUCUACAGUCCGAAAUGUCGAAGAAGAAAGAAGACCCACCUAAGAACCAUUUACCAAAGGAACAAUCAGUCCAGUUUAGUAGAACCAAUACAGACAUGGUCAGUUAUGAAGAUCUAUUGAUUGCUCAGUAUCUAGAGGAACUGAGAAAAACUAAAGGAGAAAUGAGAAAGAAGAAAGAUGUCCCAAGAUCACCUUAUGCUCAGCGUGUAUCUUCAGCGACAGAAUAUAAAUAUAGCAAGAGACGACCCAUGUCAGCAACAUAUCCAGCCAGACCACCUUCUGGUAACAAACCAAAAAUAGAUGCAAAAUUCAUUGCAGACCCUAAUCUAUGGGACCCGGCUACUCCUAGGGAGAGAAUGACAAUAACAACAGCAACAACAACUGCCACAAGGCAACAAAUUAAAAAUCGUCCAGCAAGUGCUCCAGCUAAAAAUAAAGGGUUAAACAGCAGACCAAUGUCAGCCACGUCCAAUUUAUCCUGGUUCUAUGGCAGAUCAACAAGACCAUGGUCAGGUAGAUCGUUUGGUUCAGCGUAUUCUGGACGUAAAAUCAAAUCUCAGUACAAGAAACAGCCACUAACCAUUAGAGUAGUCGCAUAUAAAAAUGGAAGUAGAGAAAGAUUUGCUAAAAUUGCAGCUCCAACUAUGAAAAUUUUUCUGGAAUGCUGCACAGAUAGGUUGGGCCUACCCUUUGCAGCUAGAAGAGUAUUUUUAGAAGGAGGUGAUGAAAUAUUUGAUGCGGAGGAUAUUCCGAUCGAUGGUGAAGUUUUUGUUUCCUGUGGUGAAAAUUACAAAGAUCCAUUGGCCAGUGUUAAACGUGAUAUUUUGAUCAGUGAAGGAGCAAAGUGGACAUUGUCUGGAUUACUACUCCCUGAUGAAGGACGAGUCAGAACUAGAAAAGCCAAGAUGUCAAAAAGAAUGAAAAAGCUUAUUGAAAAUAACCGAGUAAGGAUAGUUGUGUACAAGAAUGGUAUUGCCACAGAACCAAUAGAAUGUGUCGCUGAUCAAAGCAAUAUGGAAGAUUUUUUGUGUGCCUGUACAGCCAAGUUGAACUUGACGUCAUAUGCCAAAAUUCUGUACGACUGGGAAGGGAAUGUAAUAUCAGAUCUCAAUGAUGCUCCAAUUUUGGAUGACUGUUUCCAGCCAGGUAGUACCCCUAUUCGAGGCCCACUAUGGGUAUCUAUUGGAGAGGCAUUUAAUGCUAUAGCAGCUUACAGUUACAUCAGAACCAUGAGAUCUGUCGUCAUUAGUAGGAUGGAUGAUGCUGGAAAAUAUAAAGGGGAGUUACAAUGUGCAUUGGAUGGAAACAAAGAUAAGAUCACAAUGACUGUUAUACUGUCCAUGAAAAAAGAAGAAAUAGAAGCACAUAUAGAGAAGGCUGAAGCUGAAAUAGAGAGUUUAAAUGAAACAAAGCAAGAUUUACAAGCAAAGUUAGAAAAUAUACAACAACUACAACAAAGAGAAAAGAAUGAAGGAUCAAACUUUACCAUGGGACAUAUCAAGGAGUUCAAAUUUGAUCAUCGUCUGGUUGGCAGAAAAGGACUAAGGUUAAAGGUUUAUGAGAAUGGAAUUGUUGAAGGUGGUAUGGACUUCUACUUUAAUUUGUCUGGUGCUAUGAAAGGUAUUGAAGGUGGGCAUGAUGCUAAACAGAAAAUUCUACAGAGGCUUUUAGAUGAUUUGUCAUCCAACAGACUACUAGCCAACCCUGUCAGACCAAAGAUCCUUCCUGUAGCCUCUAAUAUAUAUGAUCAGUACGGGAAUGAUAUCAAAGAUGUCUUCACCUUGGAAUACGAUCAGGAAAUAUGGGUAUCUUUUGGAGAACCAUUUAUAAAUCCAUUUACUUGGAUGCUACAGAUACAGUUUGAUGAAGCCGAGUGUUAUGAUAUGGGAGACAAAACUUUGUGUAUCAGAAAACAAUUAAUGACAGAUUCCUUACAUGACUAUACCGAUUACAAUAUGCAAAAUGAAUGGGAUGUACACAUAGGCUUCCCUCCAACAUAUCCUGCCAAGUCUAAUGAGUAUGAGAAGGCUAGAGCUGUUGAUUUGGCAGGUUCAUCAGAAGUGGACUCAAGAUCUCAUUAUCUACAAUCGAAGAAAAAGGAAGACUUUGCAUUGUACCCAGAGCUUGUUGUUAAUCAUAAACUGAAAAAGGGACAAAAAGAUUUUUGGCCUAUGGAAACACAGUCAUGGAUUAUAUCAAAGAAAGGAAACAUAUAUGCGAAAUGCUGUCCACAACUUUGCCUAACAGUGUCCGACACAAGAGUAGAUAUACCAUGGUCGGGGAAGAACUCGCCACUCAACGGAUUUGUAGUCACUGUGCAGAAGAAGAUGUCUGCCAACACUUACCAACAAUGGAGGUUUAAUCCUAACGGAACCUUAACUUGUAUGGCCUAUGAGAAUCUGUUGCUGACUUAUUUACAACACAAGUUUGGAGAUGAGGAAGGAUAUAUGGCCCCUGAUGGAGUUAAACCUGGACAAAGGAUCUUUCUCGUUCUGGCUGAUCCAUUACAGAAAAAGGAAAAACUUUAUCAAAGAUUUGCCUUAAAGCAAGAGCGAUUUGAGAAUCUUGGACAAUGGAAGUAUUGUGAUGCAACCAAUCCAGAAUUUAAUAAAUUAGCCUACUCAUGGCCUUGUAGACGAGAUGGAUCACUCAACCAGGACUAUGAUUGGCCAAUGGAAGCUUUCAUUGUACCAAAUGCACCUCCAGUACAUAAACCAAGAAAGGAACAACAAUCAGGAAUGCCUCUUCGGUUAAUGGCUAUAAAGAAUGGAGAAAGAGACUACAGAUUUAUGUCUCCUGUUGUUGGUCCAGAUCUUACAAAUAUGAUGAAAGACCUGCAUAAAGAUAAAGAUAAGAGUAAAACUAAAUCUAAGAUUACCCAGGAGAAGGAUGUGCCAGUAUCUAACUCUGAUAUUGUAGAGAAUGAUAUACAUAUACACUGUGAAAACAUGACUGUCAGACAACUAGAAUUUACCAUGUUCCUUGACCACAGUACCAGUGUAUUAAAUCUACCAUUUGCUGCAAGACGUUUAUUUGACAACAAAGGAAAUGAACAUUUUAGCUUAGUCAAUUUAAAACGGGACGACCUGGUGUACAUAUCAUGCGGUGAAACAUGGGUCGAUCCAAAAUUGUCCAAAGAAGAACAACAAAAGAGAUUCUUAUUGUCUCAGUUAUCACAAGAUGUGGCUAAAAUCAGACAGUACUGUGCCCUUAGGAACCCAGAGAAAUAUGUAUUGGAGAUUGAGGGAAACUUAGUGCCAACCACAAGGAUCAUAGUGAACCGACAGUGGAGCAAAGAUGAGGAGGAAAAAGAAAUAUUUGUUACCACAGAUACACAGAGUGUAAAGUCUUCUAAACAGUUAUCUAGUAAAGGAUUUGAGGAAGAGGAGGAAGAUCUCACUGCUCAUGAUAGAGCCCAUCGCUUAGCAGAUCAACGAUUAAAUAAUUUGAAAUGGCCAUGGGAAAGAUUAGUGAAUGCUGGUAAUGAUGACGACGAUGAUGAUCCUGAAGCUCACAAAUAUACAGAUAAAGAGAUGUAUGAAAGAUAUAAGCCUGCAUCAGUACCCAAGAUAUCUCGUGACACACUUCAGCGAUUUAAAUUUGAAGAUGGUUACAUUUCGUGUGCAUUAAACCGUGAACUUGUAUUGGGUCUGAUGGAGCAAGAAGGACGAGUCAGUCAGGUUUUGUUAGUGAAACGUAAACCAGAUGAUAUUAACCAAAGAUGGGUCAUGAAAGAAAAUGGUGAGAUAAGAUCAAAACACAGCAACCAGACUUGCCUAACUGUCUCCAUGCCAAAUAAUGAGCCCUUUUCUGAAGAUGAAGAAGGUCGCCCUUUGACCUUCUCUGGGUGCCCUGUGACCUUACAGGCUCGUAAAACCAACAGAUAUGGAAAGGCCCACCAGAGAUGGCAUUAUGAUGCAGAGACUGGGUUUAUACAUUCCUUUUAUGCUGAUCCUUAUGAUAAAGAAAUAACAGCUGCCAACAAAGCUGAUGUGUGCACUUUCUCCAUAGCUGGACAGGACAACAUUGAUCAACCAGGUUAUGUUGCUGAGAUUCCUUUGUCGACAGGAGAUAAACAAUGCAGAGAAUACCUUGUUUGUACAUCAUGUGCCAGAGCCAUGAGGGGCAGAUACAAAAUAAACAAACUUCAAAAUAAUGUCCAGUUCUCAUGUUCAAUGGGCGAAGCUAAGAAACUAAAACUACAGCAAAUAGGAAGUUUUAAAGUCUUGAAUGGAAAAGUAGACCUGUCUACACAUGAGGCUUUACUAUCGCUACAAGACUGGGAACAUAAGCUCCGUACUUUACGUGACGAAACCAAUGUACGCACUAUAGCCAAGGAAAUAUCUGCAGCCAAAGCAGUUAAAACUGUUAAAAUUCUUGCCUACAAAAAUGGUGAGGGACGAUUACGACCAGGAGAACUGAUUUGUGGAUCCACAAUAGAGGGCAUUUUGGACCAGUGUACAUACAGACUAGGACUAAAUAGUGCUGCCCGUAGGAUAUACACCGAGGACGGUACAAUGGUGAUGGAGAUUGAGGACCUGAUAGACUGGGCUGUAGAUAAUUAUAAAACAUUGAUGGCAGAAUACCUACAAGGAAAAGAUACCAAAGUUGAUGACCUUGAACUUGAGCAGGAAACAGAGAAACAGGAACAGGAAACAGAAAAAUUGGAUGAACAGGGUAAAAAUUUACGAGAACGAGGUGAAGGUGAAGGUCAGGACAGUCAAGAAGAAGUUCAACAGGAUAAAGAUUCUGCAGAGGUGGACCAACAAGAGGCCAACAAGUUAGCUAAAGAACGGGAAAUGGUUCUGAGUCAGAUUCAGAUUCCAGGAACUGAGACCAUCCUAAGAUACCCUAUAGAAGUAUGGAUCUCUAGUGGAAAGGACUUUGUUGCUCCAGAAAUUGUAGAAUCCAAAAUUGAAAACAGGAGAAAGAAGCGAGUUUUCAGAUCAGCUGUAUCUCUGGAACUUGACAUUGAAAAACAUAUUCUGAGACAGAUGAAAGCAAGGAGAUAUGAAGAAAUGGACCCUGGAGAAUUGAAGCCUACCAGAAGUUCUAAACAGCCUGUUGUUAUAGAGGGGAAUUGGCAGGAACCAUCUGUAGAGGAACAACUCAAACAUGAUACUGUUCAUAAGUUAGAGACCCAUCUUGCUGAGGUGAAAAAGAACCAAAAAGAAACAACGAAGACUAUAGGUACUUCAGGACGUUUAUAUAAACAGCCUGAUACGAAAAGAGUUAUGGUUUAUCCAAAUGGAGAGAGUUUAGAAAGAGCUGUGUACGUAUGGGGCAAUACUUUAGAAAAACUUCUAGAUAACUCCACAGCUAAACUUGGAAUGUGGCAGAAGGCAAGAUUCAUAUAUACAAUGGAAGGCAAGCUGGUAACAAAGUUUAACGAUAUAAACAAAGAUGAGCUGUUAUGUGUUUCUGGUGGUAAACCAUUCACUAAACCACAGGGAUACAGGGAUGUGAUAGAGAUCAAGGCUAACUGGACAAGGGCAAGGAAAGAAUACGGACCAUCUGCUACAGAUUUUACUGUAGACGCUCCUCUUAAUCCUAAAGUCAAUGUUGACCCUUUCGGACCCCCAGCUUUGACAAUGCCACCAGAAGAGACAGCGAACUGAUGCAAUAAUUGUUAGAAGUAAAGAACUGCCAAUUGAUUAUCAUGCUUGUAUUUAAACAAUAUUUUCUAUGUAGUGUUAGUCCCUUUAAGAAAUGCAAUUUUGCUAAAGAGAAUCUCAAAAUCUUUUGUGCUUUCUUGAUUUGACAUUCAUUUAUGUUGAUAGAAAUCCAGAUAUUUAUUCUCCAUCUGGCAAGCUAGGUUCACUAAAGACAAAGUGUUUUUGUUACGCUUUAUUGCUGUAACUAGUGCAGUAAAUAAAUGUAUUACAUUGACCCCCUUCUAAAAAAAUUGCUUCCUCAUAGAAGGAUUAUUAUCUAAGUACAUGGGUAGAUUUAGGUUGCAGUGAUUGAACUAGAAAUGAAGUAAUUACAGAUUUUAUGCUUGAUUCAAGAAGAAAAGAAUUUUUAGGAAAGGGACUCAUUAGUAGACAUGAAAACUGUUCAUGCAUGACUGAGUGUUUAGUGGAUGACAAUAUUCAGAAGUAGAUUUCUUGAAGAUUUGACUGAUGAUCAUUUAUUAUAUUUUAAAAUUUGUUUAAAUGGACAAAAAACAGUUGAAGAGAAAAGAUUGUUGAUCAGUUUACACUACGGCUCAAAUGUAUUUUGUUAUUUUUACCUGCCCACUGUGGUCAGUCGACUCUUGCCCACUGAAAUUCAAUUUGAAAGAUUGGAAAUUUUGAAUACACAAAUUUCUUAUUUUCUCCACUACAUUUAUUGUAUGUUAAAUUUUUAUGAUGAAAGAGAAGAAAUUACAUGUGUACUCCAUAAGGUUGCCCCAUUGGACCACCUUGUUAGAAGUUUGCCCAUUUUGUGUCAAAUCCCAUGGUGGGCUGGUAGAAAUAACAAUGUCCUCCAGAGCUUUUAUAGUGUAUGAUAAUUGUAAUUAAUGAUUUUGCUUGUGAUAUUUUUGGUAUAAGAAUUUGGACCAUUGUACAGUUACAGCCAUUCAAAAUGAAUCUUGUUUCUAAAGUACUGACUUGCUUGUUCUAGAAAUCUAUACAUUUCAAUUUAUAGGACAAGUAAGAGAGAGAGAGAAAAAAUAAGUAAAAUGAUAAACUAAAAUAUGUCAGAAAUAAAAGAUUUGUUUUGAAUGGUGUUUGUAUUGUUUCGUCUGUGAUAUAACUGUUGCUCAAUUUUACAUGUUUGUCAAAUCUAUUCUCAUUUAUUUUGUAAUUUUUAAUAUUGUACGUAUGAUGUUUUAAUGUCCUGGAUAUUUGGUAUAAUACUGUUCUAUCCAAUGAAUACCUUUUUUUUAAUGAAACAAUUUGUACAUUGAAUUUACAAGUUAAAAUUAUUUGUAACUCUUGUGGUUAUAUUUUUCUAUUUUUUGUGGCAAUAUAUCACAUGAAGAGAUAAAUCCAAAUUAUUUUUUUGUUGGUCUUAAGAAAAAAGAUUAAGAAAUUUUUGUUCUAUAGAGGGAGGGAUGACUGUUCAACUCUUUUGUCCUUUUUAGAAUGUUUAAAUUUAAAACAGACCAGAAUAAUUUUGUAUAUUUUUUAGAUUUUACUAUUUGUGUGAAGGCUGAUUUAAUUGACUUAUUUUGUCUGAGUUUCAAAGCUUGCUAGAUUACAUAUGAGGCCAAAUAUACAGGAUUAAAAGUUGGAUGCUUAUUUUUCUUAUAAUUGAUUUACUUUUUAUCAUUUUGUAUAUAUAUUUGUACUGUUUCCUGUAGUAAAUAUGUACUAAAUUUAAAACUUUAUAUUUGGACAUAGGGUAGAUUUACAAUAAUAUAACUAGAAAAGAAUUUAUACUUUUUUAUUAGGGGAUUACAGUUUUAUUAGUUAUCCUUACUUUUUUACAUACAUUGUCAUCUUGCCUUUUUCUUUUUUUACUAAAAACUCUUUUUCUCAAAUUUCAUCAAACAAAACAAAUGGUAGCUCCCUCAUAGAUUUUAUUUUGGCAUAUUAUUGCGCCCUUAUCAUAGAGACUUUUAAAUCAAAAUUAAAAAGAUGCUUAGAGUUGGUAUAACAUGUUUUGUUUUGUUCGUAAUUGGGUUUGUAUUUAUUCUAACAAAUAUAUUACUGUAUGUUGGGAGAUUUUUAUACCCCCUUUCAAAAGAAAAGGGUACAAUGGUAAAGAUCUUUUCUAAUUUCCCACAACAGCAUAGGCAGAUCCAGGGGAAGGUGGGGAGUAAUAUUUUCUACUGUGCAGAAUAUGUGUAUGUCUUUUUCACUUUCAUUUGUUUUAACAUUAGUUUUGUAUUUUUAUAUGGAUCUUUAUUGUUGUAAUAUUUAUAGUUUAUCUGUCCGUGUGUAUUUACAUUCCGGGAGAGAGUUAUGACCUUUUCAAACUUUAGAAAUAGGAGAUGUAUUUUUUUCUGCAAAUUUCCUUCACUGAGAUUUGCCACGUCCAACAUUUCUCCAUAUUGUAUUUACAUUGUUUUUUCAUAAAUGCGUUAUCAUACUGUUUGCUUUAAUUCCUAAUGUUACAAAACAAAAACUAGAAUCAAAAUGCAUUUGAAUCAAAUUAUUAAUGAGCUAAUUUACAUGAUUAAAAAAGAAAUGCCAGUCAAUUAACAAUGGCAUUCCAAAAACUUUCGACAAACUGCCACUUUACAAUGAAAAAAAAAGAAAAGGCUUAUUUUGAAAUUAUAUUCUUACCGUACUUUUAUCCACUUGUUUAAGGGUCACAGUAAUAUGUUCACAGGGUUAGAUUUGGGUUUUUAAAAAUAAAUCUUAGAAAAUGAAUAAUAUAUUCUACAGCUCAGUUAGAUUUAGUAAUUUACAUGGUAUAUGUCCACUCCAUUUUUGCUACAUGGCAAAAAAUUGUACUUUUAGACGAUAAAAAACUCAACCAAUUUUGAUGAAUCGUGAAAAUUUUAACCAAUUUGACGCUAAAAAUAGUCCAAAAUGACCAUUUUAUGGCUGGAAAUGACCAUAUAUAACAGAGCUGUAUAGGAAAGUCUCAUUUUGCCAAACUCUCCUUUUCUUCAAAUCAUCUCUAUAUAUAUCUAU